AGCAAAGUCCUCUCUUAACAACACAACAAAACAAAAAUAGGCCCCCCAUCAUUUACGUUGUCUAUGUGAAAGAAACCCCUGCACUUUGUCUUCCUAUCACAAGAUCCCUUGGGCACCUCCGUCCCUCUCUCUUUCUAUAAGACCUUCCACACAAGUAACAAAGCCACCCUUGUUUCCUUCCCAGCAAUAUAUAAGACUUUGCUCCUCCUAACAUUCCUAGAAAUUAGUCAUGAUGGCCCCUCUAGCAGCAACAGCAACCCUCUUCCCCUGCAAGUGCUCCAUAGGUCGGGAGCCCGAUGCAUCGCUACCGCUCAAACCCAACAAAAAUAUGGUGAAGAUCAACGGAAACUCAGCAACAAGAGUUGAGGUGGCCACGGCUGUGGCUUCUAUGACACCCCCUAUAGGAAUGAGAGGAGUUGAUGAGGAGCUUGCCGUUUUGCCCAAAAGCUUCCGACAAAAUAUUCCGACAAAGAAACAGACAACCGAUUCUUACAGGCAGGGGGUCCUCAUCUUAGGUGGGGUUGGUUACCGACAAACCGUUGUUAUUCGGUCUUAUGAAGUUGGUGCAGACAAGACAGCCACUCUUGAUACCUUCCUCAAUCUUUUUCAGGAAACGGCGUUGAAUCACGUGUGGAUGUCGGGCUUACUGGGGGAUGGAUUUGGUGCAACCCAUGGCAUGAUAAAGAACAACCUCAUUUGGGUCGUAUCUCGCAUGCAGGUUCAAGUUGAUUCCUAUCCUAUUUGGGGAGAAGUUGUGGAGAUUGACACAUGGGUUGGAGCAUCCGGAAAGAAUGGAAUGAGAAGAGAUUGGCUUAUUCAGAGCCAACGGACUGGACAUAUAUUUGCACGUGCAACUAGUACUUGGGUGAUGAUGAACCAAAACACAAGGCGCCUAUCUAAGAUGCCUGAAGAAGUGAGAGCAGAAAUAUCACCAUGGUUCAUCGACAAGAAAGCAAUCAAAGAGGAUGUCACGGAUAAAAUCAUCAAGUUGAAUGAUGCAGCCACAUACAUCAAUUCAGGAUUGAAGCCAAAAAGGAGUGAUCUUGACAUGAACAACCACGUCAAUAAUGUAAAAUAUGUCGGAUGGAUGUUGGAGACAAUUCCAGAGUCAUUCUUGGAGACCCACCAACUCUCCAGUAUUGUACUAGAGUAUAGAAGAGAGUGCGGAAGCUCAGAUGUGGUUGAAUCACGAUGCGAACCUGAUGAGAAUCCGAAACCAGAAGGGGAGAGCGUGGAUUUAUUUGGAGGCUACCCAUUGGCACCUCAAAUUCUUGAGGGGCAUGGGAUCUUGGGACCAUUUCAUGCAUGGCCAUUAAGUUAUACCCAUCUUCUCCAAAUCAAAGGUGAAACAAAGAAUGAGGAAAUUGUCAGGGGUAGGACUACAUGGAGAAAGAAGUUCUCCAUCAUACCAUUUUCUUCUUGAAUAGUUUCUUUCAAGGACCAAUAAGAUGUAUGUAGAUUUAGAAGUUAUAGAUUAGAGCCUACUACAGAUUUCAAUUGUUUGCUGCAAUUAUUGUGUUUAUUAAAUGUCAAUAGUCCAAGGUAGGUGCCAAGUGCCAAAUUUCUGAAUUUAAGCAUUUGUUAACAAGCUACCGUUCUUGUAAGUCCCAAACAAAACAGAAUACGGUUUGUGAUUCUGUUGUCUUCAUAGACAUCUCAACAUAACAUUAGUUAUCUAUAUCAUUUUCCCUUUUGCUUCUUUUUUAAUUGAGUUGGUUAGCUUGUAUUCAGCAGGACUCCAUAAUGUUUUCACCUAAGCAAAACUAGAGGAGGUUCAACUCAUUUAAUUAUUUAAAUUCAUACUCCCAGAAAGAACCAAUAUACUUCAUGCUCUCAAAUUAAUAAUAACAUAUGAAGCACGUCUCAUAUGGCAUCAACACAAAGUUAGAACUUUGAAAGGAUACUCUAGAAUCUAAAUGUUUUAAAAUUAGCCGGACUAA